AUGACUGGUCACCAGCAGAGACCUUUUUGUAUACCGCCAGCUCUGAAUGCACUGACCAACACUGCUAACUUUCUUAACAUGGUCUUCCAGGCCAGUGACCUGCGAGAGAGUACCGUCCAGGAGGAUAUGGAAUGGUACCAUGCCCUAGUCCGUGCCCUUCUUGAGGCUGACAUGGUCAUUCAACGGGCUCUUAUCACGUUUGAUGCUGACCCAACUGCCCAGGUGCCACAACUGGUUCUUCACGCAACCCGUAACCCAUCUGCUAAGCAGGAAACCAUCGUCCUCCAGGACUUUUCAAAGGCCUGGGAGAGCCUUCACCCUCCAUCCAAUCAGCAGACAGCCUCUCUGUCCAAGCGGGUGCUCCUCAAUGACCUCAGCACCUUAGACACCCCCAAGUGGGGUCAGGGCGACAGCUAUGUGACCGAUCACAGCGGCGUGCGCUGGGCCAGCGCUCCAUAUCUGGACUGUAAGGAUGGACGCUUUGUACCUGGCUGGGUGUUGACCCUGUCCAUCUCCUUCUACGGACUCAAACCUGAUCUGACGCCAGAGUUCAGAGGUGUUAUACGUGUGGAUGUCAACAUUCAGGGCAUCGACUUGAACCAGUGUGCGACAGGCGACAGCUGGUUUGCUGAUACUCACCAGUGCAAUCGCACCACCAUGGAGUGUGUGCCAGUUUCGGGUCGGGGCUUUCGACUGGGUCAGUACUGCUGCCGCUGUAAGGAGGGAUACUACAACCCUGACAUUCCUCCAGAGGACUUGGACGGAGGCCCUGUGAACAGCAGUGACAGCAGUGGUACGUGUUACCCGAACAUGCCCAUCUGUCUCCCAUGCUGGCCGGGUUGUAAGAGCUGCCAGGACAGCACCCCUUGCUGGGUGCAGGAGGACCGGCCGCUCAGGGCCGGAGUGCUGGCCCUCCAGGGGGUCUUUAUGUUCCUCAUCUUGGUCAGCAUGAUGGUAGCCUACCGACACCGCCAGAACCGGAGGAUCCGAGCUUCUGGUCUUCUGCUGCUGGAGACCAUCCUGUUUGGCUCUCUGCUCCUCUACUUCCCGGUUUUUAUUCUGUACUUCAAACCGAGCACCUUCAGGUGCAUUUUGCUCCGAUGGGUUCGACUGCUUGGUUUCUUCAUUGUCUACGGCACAAUCACACUGAAGAUGUACAGGGUGCUGAAGGUGUUCCUCUCACGCACAGCCCAGAGGAUGCCCUACAUGUCCAGCCUCCACCUGCUCAGGAUACUGGGGGUGAUGCUGAUGACAGUCAGCUGGUUCCUGUGUGCGUGGACAGUCGGCGUCCUUCAGAACCGCGACAGGAACAUUCCAGUUUUUGUCACAGCCACAACAUCGGAUGGACAGAGCUUCAACCUGUGUUACCUAGACCGCUGGGACUACAUGAUGGCUGUGGCUGAGCUCCUGUUCCUGUGCUGGGGCAGCUCCCUGUGGACGGCUGUCAGGCCCGUCCCCUCAGCCUUCCACGAACCUCGCUACAUGGGCAUUGCCAUCCACAAUGAGCUGGUCCUCUCCUCCAUGUUUCAUUUAUUCCGGUUCACCUUUCAGUCUCUCCAUCCUGACUGGAUGCUGCUGCUCUCCUUUACACACACCCAUGUAACCAUCACCAUGACACUGGUCCUGCUCUUUGUUCCAAAGUUCAUCCAUGCAUCUAAACCUGCAAGAGAGGAGGUAGCAGCAGAGGUGUACGAAGAUGAAGUGGAUCUGCGACGUUCUGCUUCGUGCCUCAACAACAGCUUCCGCUCUGCUUGGAGUGAGCACAGCAUGGAUCCAGACGAUUUCCGGGAUGAGCUAAAGAAGUUGUAUACUCAGUUAGAAGUGAACAAGACAAAGAAGAUGACCGCAAACAACCCUCAUCUGUCAAAAAAGCGCAGUUCUCGUUGUACGCUGGGGAGAUCCCUUAUAAAACGCAUUGCCGAGUUCCCAGAAACUGUGAGCCGGCGGUGCAGUCGUGAUGACAGAGAUGGAUCUUUCCGCAGCAGACGUGGAAGUCACUGCGACUCUUUUAGGAGGUCCCCGGAUACCAUAAGUAUCAGUUACCGAAGUUCAAUAAAAUCACCAUCACCAUCCAUACGCAAGUCCCAAAGUGAUCAUUUCUAUAUCCGAGAAAGAGGCUCUUCAUUCCGUGAGACUACAUUAAAGAGCAAUUCUGUGAAGAGAUCCUCCCAGCGAUCUGAGACAGACUCCUUGGACAUUCCACCAGGGGUCUGUAAGUCAGCCAGUGCUCACAACUUAACAAUCGAUACAAAUCUUCUGCAUCCUGAUCACACAAGACUUCAUAAAUCCUGGAGCCUAAGCUCCUCUACCACACAUUCUAUAGAGAAUAUAUCAAAACUAUCUAGAUCAAGCACAAUGCGGUCCAGGCAGAGCAUUUCCAUAAGUGACCAAACCAGGAGUGCUCUCCAGUCUGAGUCAUUUGACAAGGCUGAGAUCUGUCCAUGGGAAGUGGAACCAGAACAGCCAGGAGAAAAGAACCAGAAGCAUGUCACAUAUGCAAAUUCCAAGAAUGGAGAAGAAAAAGGCCCACUUUCCCCACAAGCAAUUUGUCAGCAAGUGCACCAGGCUCUCCCAGACCAAAGGUGA